AUGCGGGAUCGAUCAUCGUCCCGGCUAGGGGUGGAGACGAUCCGAUGCCUCUUCCACUUCUUCGCCGGGUCGACGCAUGUGAUCACUUUCCGAUUGCUGUCGUUGGCGCUUCUUUUCUACGGCGAACGGGCUGUCUUUCAUAACGCAGCCAAUUCGUGCCAGUGGCCUUAUCAACCCACGUCAUCUGCAGCAAACGAAACUCGACCGGAAGUUCAUGUCCUACUCGUGACAGACCCACAAAUCAUUGAUCCGUACACAUACCCGGAUCUACCUUUCUUCAGCUUGGUUUACCCUAUUGUUCGCCAUUUUUCGGACAACUACCUCAAGAAUGUAUGGACGGCUCUCGUUGUAAACCCAAACAAGUGGAUGUAUCGAGGCCACAUCUUAACGCCCACACAAGAAGCCCAACGCCGGUCCUCACGGUCACGCACAACGCUCGUUCAACCGCCAGAUGGCGUGAUCUGGAUGGGUGACCUCACUGACGGAGAUCGACGAGAGCGACUCGACUCCGAGUGGGCUGCUCUCGUGCAGCGGUUCCAUAAGGUCUUCUGGCGGCCAAGGGAGGCAAAUUGGGAAGCGACGCCUUCCACUCUAAGUUCAACUCGACAACUUAUCGUUCCUCGCAUAUCGGCAACAGACUUCAUUCCCACCUUCUACCUCUCCGGUAACCCCGAUGUCGGUCUAUCCGGCACAUCGGCUGAUUUACACCGAGUAGAUGCGAAUGCAAGCGAAAACGCCGUCGCUCGUUUCCAACAGGACUUUGGCAUGAAGAUUGAUGGAGGCGGAUUUGUUGUCAAGGACCGCAAUCCAUUUUUGCAAACUAGUCUCAACGGUCGCAUCCUUGUCUCGACGGACCCGGAGUUAGGAGCGACGCACGAGCUGAUCAUGGUGAAUGCUCAAGAUCUGGUCGGAAUGGAGAGGGAAGACGGAGGACCAUUCGAUACACAUCUUAGCUCUGAACACACAGGCAAGCUUGAUGGCCAGCUGGGAGACAAUGCACACAUUGCAUACAAGGAAACAUAUAACUUUAUCGAGUCGGUCAAGCGAGGCGGGUUCAAAGUGCCACGGGCGCUGCUAACGCACGUGCCUCUGCAUAGACCUGAAGGAACGAGCUGCAAUGAUGCUGCCCGGACAAAGGAGCACGGUGUCAACAGGGAAUCCUCGAGACCGCUGCAUCAGGGCACGGAUCGAGGCUCGACAUAUCAGAACAUGGUCUCGCGAUCAGUGUCCGACUGGCUACUGCAAUCAAUAAACCCCAUGGCAGUCUUCAGUGGGGACGACCACGAUCAUUGUGAAUAUCGACAUCGCAGAAUCGAGACGACGGCCGCCUCCGCAUCAACAGCCUACGUGGACGGGUUCGAACCCGACCAGAUUCCCGAGCUAACCGUCAAGUCUAUCUCGAUGACCGAAGGUGUACGAAAGCCAGGUUUUGCUAGGUUGAGCUUGUUCCCGCCUUCCGAUUCCUCAGCGCAGGUCACUAUGGCAUACACGCCUUGUCUACUGCCUGACCAGAUCGGUAUCUGGAUGGGACUAUAUCUUCCGUUCUUCAUUUUGAGCCUUCUCGGGCUUUUGCUUUGGUCACGCUUCGUGCAACAAAGAACAAAGACAUCAGCAAGCUAUCUUCCGCUAAACAGCGAGCAUCAGCGUAAGAGAGAUGACGAUGAUCCUCCUCUGGCCAACGAGCGACCUCGUCAUACAGGAUCCAGAAGAGGCACGCAGGGCAGUUGGAGGGAAGAUCUGCUUGCCGUAGUCAUCGUAGCUUUGCCAUUUUGGGUCUUUUGCCAGACUCACUUCCUUUUCUAA